AUGACAUCGACUAACAAAUCGCUAAAGUUCCACGCGGGUAAAGUACAGUACAAUGAAGACACGAAUCGAUGCACACCAUUGCCAUACGAAGGUGUAAUCUCCAUCAAACCAAGUGCUGAAGAACCAGAUUUCUUGGAUUUCACUUGGACACCAAAACCAGAUCAAACUCUGCAAAUCAAUGGAACGCAGCAAGUGGAAAAAGAUGAGUUAUUGUUGAUACCGGGUGACGUUACGAUCAAGACGAUAAAAUCUUGCAAUACCGGCCGUGUGUUUGCAUUUACUUUUUUAAGUAGUGGAGCCAAGUAUCUUUACUGGUUACAGGAUGUUGGAGAUGUCGAUGAUCUUGGGAAGUUGACGGAAAAGGAUAACAAAUUGAUUCAACUGAUAUCGUCUUUGAUUAGUCUUGGCGAUGACGAGGAUGUUGAUAUGAAAGAGGAGGAUAAAGGAGACGAUGAAAAGAAGGAGAAGGAGGUAGAACAGAAGGAAUCGCAACAAGCGUCUCAAGCGACGGUGCCACAAGCACAAAGGACUCAAAACUUGCCAAGUCAAUCUCAAUCUCAAUCUCAAUCUCAAUUCAAGUUACCAAUAGGGUCAAUUUCUUCGGUUUUAGAUAUAUCCACAAUUGACAACCAUUUGGACAAGCUCUCCUUAGAUCAAUUAAAGCACAUGUAUGGUGAAUACUUGCCACCGUCCAUUGCUCAAAACCCGACCAAAGCCAAGAUAAUUGAAGUUGUGAGAAGUGGAUUUUUCCAACAAAGUGAACAGAAGUUGACCAAGCAGCUACGUGCUAAUGAAGGUGCAGGGCUUUUGUUGGCUCAAAGUUUGAAGUAUGACUAUAAAGGUGAGGGAAUUGAGAACUUUUUGAAAGGGGUAAGAGAAUUGUCCAAGAAGGAAAAGGAAGAAGAAGGGGAUGGGGAGGAGAAGGAUUAG